UUCGGCGGCCCUGGGAGGAGCAGCUGGCGGCGGCGGUGCGAUGCUGUGGGUGUCCCCGGGCUCUGGCAUCGCAGCCUCUUCCUAAGAACAAAGAACAAGUUAAAUUCAUCUCAAAAUGAAUUAAAAUCAUUGAGACGGAGCAGCCUGCCACUUGAACUUCCCAUCGGAAAUCACGUUAAAGGAAAACUUCAAAGAAACAUCAAAAACCUGGAACCUUUUCACCUGAGGCGUCCCAAAAAGAGACCGUCCAUAUUCCCAGCUUCUCCAGUUGGCAACGGUUACAUCAAGCCUCCAGUCCCACCUGCUUCAGGCACACACAGGGAGAAAGGACCACCGGCCAUGUUGCCGAUCAAUGUGGACCCAGACAGCAAGCCAGGAGAGUAUGUCCUCAAGAGUUUAUUUGUGAACUUCACCACUCAGGCUGAGCGUAAGAUUCGAAUCAUCAUGGCAGAGCCUUUGGAAAAGCCAUUGACGAAAUCUCUGCAGCGUGGAGAGGACCCCCAGUUUGAUCAGGUCAUUAGCUCCAUGAGUUCCCUCUCCGAAUACUGCCUGCCCUCCAUCCUGCGAACACUAUUCGACUGGUACAAAAGGCAAAAUGGCAUUGAGGACGAGUCCCACGAAUACAGACCACGAACAAGCAAUAAGUCCAAAAGUGAUGAGCAACAGCGAGACUAUUUAAUGGAGAGGCGGGACCUCGCCAUUGAUUUUAUCUUCUCCUUAGUAUUAAUAGAAGUCUUGAAACAGAUCCCCCUUCAUCCUGUAAUAGACAGCUUAAUACACGAUAUUAUUAACUUGGCUUUCAAGCACUUUAAAUACAAGGAAGGGUACCUGGGUCCCAACACUGGCAAUAUGCACAUUGUGGCCGAUCUGUACGCAGAGGUCAUCGGAGUGCUGGCCCAAGCCAAGUUCCCCGCUGUCAAGAAGAAAUUCAUGGCCGAGCUGAAAGAGCUACGCCACAAAGAGCAGAGCCCCUACGUGGUGCAAAGCAUCAUCACCUUGAUAAUGGGGAUGAAGUUCUUCCGAAUAAAGAUGUACCCCGUGGAGGACUUUGAGGCGUCCCUCCAGUUCAUGCAGGAAUGUGCGCAUUAUUUUCUGGAGGUCAAAGACAAAGACAUCAAGCACGCCUUGGCAGGGCUCUUUGUAGAAAUCCUUGUCCCUGUGGCUGCUGCUGUUAAAAAUGAAGUCAACGUCCCCUGCCUCAGGAACUUUGUGGAGAGCCUGUACGAUACGACAUUGGAACUCUCCUCUCGGAAAAAGCAUUCCUUGGCCUUAUAUCCCCUGGUGACCUGUCUCCUCUGUGUCAGUCAGAAGCAGCUGUUCCUCAACAGGUGGCAUGUCUUCCUCAACAACUGCUUGUCCAACCUUAAGAAUAAAGACCCCAAAAUGGCUCGUGUCGCCUUGGAAUCGCUCUACAGAUUACUGUGGGUUUACAUGAUUCGAAUCAAAUGUGAAAGCAACACGGCCACUCAGAGCCGACUCAUAACCAUCACCACCACGCUUUUCCCCAAAGGGUCCCGCGGCGUGGUGCCCAGGGAUAUGCCCCUGAACAUCUUCGUGAAGAUCAUCCAGUUCAUCGCCCAGGAACGUCUGGACUUUGCAAUGAAGGAAAUUAUUUUUGAUUUUCUUUGUGUGGGAAAACCAGCCAAAGCUUUCAGUCUCAACCCAGAGAGAAUGAACAUCGGUUUGCGGGCGUUCCUGGUGAUUGCCGAUAGCUUACAACAAAAGGAUGGUGAGCCGCCCAUGCCAGUGACAGGAGCUGUGCUGCCUUCAGGAAACACCCUGAGAGUAAAGAAAACGUAUUUGAGUAAGACUCUAACUGAAGAGGAAGCCAAAAUGAUAGGAAUGUCCUUGUAUUACUCUCAAGUCCGCAAGGCCGUAGGCAACAUCUUAAGACACCUUGAUAAGGAAGUGGGACGGUGCAUGAUGCUGACCAACGUCCAGAUGCUAAACAAAGAGCCGGAAGACAUGAUCACGGGUGAACGAAAGCCCAAGAUCGAUCUCUUCAGGACCUGUGUUGCUGCGAUACCUCGACUGUUGCCUGAUGGGAUAUCUAAACUUGAACUUAUCGACUUGCUGGCCAGGCUCUCUAUUCACAUGGACGAUGAGCUGCGACACAUUGCACAGAACUCUCUGCAGGGAUUGCUGGUCGACUUCACGGACUGGAGGGAAGACGUCCUAUUCGGCUUCACCAACUUCCUGCUCCGGGAAGUAAAUGACAUGCACCACACCCUCCUGGACUCCUCCCUAAAGUUGCUUCUGCAGUUGCUUACGCAGUGGAAACUGGUCAUCCAGACCCAGGGAAGAGUCUACGAACAAGCCAACAAGAUCAGAAACUCAGAGCUCAUUCCCAAUGGCUCCAGCCACAGAAUGCAGUCAGAACGAGGCCCGCACUGCAGUGUCCUCCACGCUGUGGAGGGCUUUGCUCUCGUCUUGCUCUGUAGCUUCCAAGUGGCCACCCGCAAACUGUCCGUGCUGAUACUCAAGGAGAUCCGAGCCCUCUUCCUUGCCCUGGGUCAGCCCGAGGAUGAUGACAGGCCGAUGAUUGAGGUCAUGGACCAGCUAAGUUCUUCCAUUCUUGAAAGCUUCAUUCAUGUGGCAGUUUCGGAUUCGGCAACAUUACCUCCGACCCACAAUGUGGAUCUCCAGUGGCUGGUGGAAUGGAAUGCCGUCCUGGUCAACAGCCAUUACGAUGUGAAGAGCCCUUCCCACGUCUGGAUCUUCGCGCAGUCUGUCAAAGACCCCUGGGUCCUCUGCCUCUUCAGCUUCCUCCGGCAGGAAAACUUGCCGAAGCAUUGCCCCACGGCCCUCAGCUACGCCUGGCCUUACGCCUUCACCCGGCUGCAGUCGGUGAUGCCGCUGGUAGACCCAAACAGCCCAGUCAACGCCAAGAAAACCAGCACAGCGAGCAGCGGAGACAACUAUGUUACCUUGUGGAGAAAUUACCUCAUUCUCUGUUUCGGAGUUGCCAAACCCAGUAUUAUGAGCCCAGGACACUUACGAGCAUCUACUCCAGAGAUAAUGGCAACGACUCCUGAUGGUACCGUGAGCUACGAUAACAAGGCUAUUGGCACGCCAUCAGUGGGUGUCCUGCUGAAGCAGUUGGUGCCUUUGAUGAGGCUGGAAAGCAUCGAAAUCACAGAGUCCCUUGUUUUAGGAUUUGGAAGAACAAAUUCCCUUGUUUUCAGAGAGUUGGUUGAAGAACUCCAUCCGUUAAUGAAGGAGGCUCUAGAGAGACGACCAGAGAACAAGAAGCGUCGAGAGCGGAGAGAUUUGCUGAGGCUACAGCUGCUUCGGAUAUUCGAACUUCUGGCAGAUGCUGGCGUGAUAAGUGACAGCACAAACGGAGCUUUAGAACGAGACACCUUAGCGCUUGGAGCCUUGUUCUUGGAAUACGUGGACUUGACCCGCAUGCUCUUAGAGGCCGAAAAUGACAAAGAGGUCGAAAUUCUUAAAGACAUUCGAGCGCAUUUUAGCGCCAUGGUUGCCAACCUGAUUCAGUGUGUUCCAGUUCAUCACAGAAGAUUUCUCUUCCCCCAGCAAAGUCUACGCCACCAUCUCUUCAUCUUGUUCAGCCAGUGGGCGGGCCCCUUCAGCAUCAUGUUUACGCCUCUGGAUCGGUACAGUGACCGAAACCACCAGAUAACAAGAUACCAGUACUGUGCUUUAAAGGCAAUGUCGGCGGUGCUGUGCUGUGGCCCUGUUUUUGACAAUGUGGGCCUCUCUCCAGAUGGCUAUCUGUAUAAGUGGCUUGACAAUAUUCUGGCUUGUCAAGAUUUACGGGUUCAUCAGCUUGGCUGUGAGGUCGUCAUGUUGCUACUGGAACUUAAUCCUGACCAAAUCAACCUUUUCAACUGGGCCAUCGACCGAUGCUACACGGGUUCCUACCAGCUUGCGUCCGGUUGCUUCAAGGCCAUAGCGACUGUGUGCGGAAACAGGAACUAUCCCUUCGACAUAGUGACGCUGCUAAACCUUGUCCUCUUCAAGGCCUCUGACACCAACAGAGAGAUUUACGAGGUCUCCAUGCAGCUCAUGCAGAUCCUCGAAGCAAAACUUUUCGUGCACUCCAAGAAAGUUGCGGAGCAACGACCUGGCAGUAUUCUGUACGGAACACAUGGACCGUUGCCACCUCUCUACAGUGUGUCGCUAGCCCUUCUGUCCUGUGAACUGGCCCGGAUGUACCCCGAGCUCACCCUUCCCCUCUUCUCAGAGGUGAGCCAGAGAUUUCCCACGACACACCCAAAUGGGCGGCAGAUCAUGCUCACCUACCUGUUGCCAUGGCUACACAACAUUGAACUGGUGGACAGCAGACUCCUCCUCCCAGGGUCAAGUCCCAACAGCCCUGAGGAUGAGGUCAAGGACCGGGAAGGAGAAGUAACUGCCUCUCACGGGCUAAAAGGGAAUGGCUGGGGCUCUCCGGAAGCUACCUCACUGGUCCUGAAUAACCUCAUGUACAUGACAGCCAAGUAUGGAGAUGAAGUCCCAGGAGCGGAAAUGGAGAACGCUUGGAAUGCACUAGCCAACAACGAGAAGUGGAGUAACAACCUGAGGGUCACGCUGCAGUUCCUCAUCAGCCUGUGCGGGGUCAGCAGCGACACCAUCCUCCUGCCCUACAUUAAAAGGGUGGCAAUUUACUUGUGCCGGAAUAACACCAUCCAGACUAUGGAAGAGCUUCUCUUUGAGCUACAGCAGACAGAGCCUGUGAACCCCAUCGUCCAGCACUGUGACAACCCACCUUUCUAUCGAUUCACAGCCAGCAGCAAGGCCUCAGCAGCUGCUUCAGGAACCACCUCCAGCAGUAACACUGUCGUCGCCGGCCAGGACAGUUUCCCAGACCCCGAGGAGAGCAAGAUACUGAAAGAAUCCGAUGACAGGUUUAGCAAUGUGAUCCGAGCCCACACUCGCCUGGAGUCAAGAUACAGCAACAGUUCUGGAGGGUCCUACGAUGAGGAUAAGAAUGACCCCAUCUCUCCCUACACGGGCUGGUUGUUAAGUAUUACGGAGGCCAAGCAGCCACAGCCCUUACCCAUGCCGUGCACUGGAGGAUGCUGGGCCCCCUUGGUCGACUACCUCCCAGAGACCAUCACUCCGCGGGGACCGCUGCACAGGUGUAAUAUUGCUGUGAUUUUUAUGACUGAGAUGGUGGUGGAUCACAGUGUAAGGGAAGACUGGGCUCUUCAUCUUCCAUUGUUGCUUCAUGCUGUCUUCUUGGGUUUGGACCAUUAUCGGCCGGAAGUCUUCGAGCACAGCAAAAAGCUGCUCCUUCACCUCCUCAUCGCCCUCUCUUGUAACAGCAACUUUCAUGCCAUUGCCUCUGUACUCCUGCAGACCCGCGAGAUGGGGGAAGCGAAGACCUUGACCAUGCAGCCAGCUUACCAGCCAGAGUAUCUCUACACCGGUGGCUUUGACUUCCUGAGAGAGGACCAGUCAUCCCCAGUGCCGGACUCUGGACUGAGCUCCAGUUCCACCUCCUCCAGCAUCAGUCUGGGGGGCAGCAGUGGGAACCUCCCACAGAUGACCCAGGAGGUGGAAGACAUCGACGCAGCCGCUGAAACAGACGAGAAGGCCAACAAGCUCAUUGAGUUCCUGACAACCAGGGCAUUUGGACCACUUUGGUGCCACGAAGACAUCACACCCAAAAACCAGAACUCCAAGAGUGCAGAGCAGCUUUCCAAUUUCCUACGCCAUGUUGUAUCCGUAUUUAAGGAUUCCAAAUCAGGUUUCCAUCUGGAGCAGCAUUUGAGCGAGGUUGCCCUGCAGACUGCCCUCGCAAGCUCUUCCAGGCACUACGCUGGCCGAUCUUUCCAGAUCUUCCGGGCCCUCAAACAACCCCUUUCAGCGCAUGCCCUGUCUGACCUCCUGUCCAGAUUGGUGGAGGUGAUCGGAGAGCAUGGUGACGAGAUUCAGGGGUACGUGAUGGAAGCGCUCCUGACCCUGGAAGCCGCCGUGGAUAACUUGUCCGACUGUCUGAAGAACAGUGACCUCUUCACAGUGUUAUCUCGAUUCCAUGUCACUGCAAUUGAACUUGUUCUUUUGUUGCUGGAGAAAGGCCUCCCCAGCAUGCAGCAGCCGCUCCUGCAAGUCAUCUACAGUCUGCUCAGCUACAUGGACCUGUCUGUAGUUCCUGUCAAGCAGUUUAACAUGGAAGUCCUGAAGACCAUUGAAAAAUAUGUACAGAGCAUUCACUGGAGGGAAGCGCUGAAUAUCUUAAAGCUGGUCGUUUCUCGAUCGGCCAGCCUGGUAUUGCCUUCCUACCAACACAGCGACCUCUCCAAGAUAGAGCUCCACCGGGUGUGGACCAGCGCCUCGAAGGAACUUCCGGGCAAGACCCUGGACUUCCACUUCGACAUCUCAGAGACUCCAAUCAUUGGGAGACGGUACGAUGAACUCCAGAAUUCCUCUGGACGGGACGGGAAGCCAAGGGCCAUGGCCGUCACCCGGAGUGCGUCCUCUACCUCCUCAGGCUCUAACUCCAAUGUCCUUGUUCCUGUGAGCUGGAAAAGACCCCAGUAUUCUCAGAAAAGAACGAAAGAGAAGCUGGUACACGUCCUCUCUCUGUGCGGCCAGGAAGUCGGACUAAGCAAAAACCCAUCUGUGAUUUUUUCCUCGUGUGGGGACCUGGAUCUGCCGGAGCAUCAGACGAGCCUGGUGUCAUCCGAGGACGGCACCCGGGAGCAGGAGAACAUGGAUGACACCAACAGUGAGCAGCAGUUCCGAGUCUUCAGGGACUUCGAUUUCCUGGAUGUGGAACUGGAGGAUGGAGAGGGAGAGAGUAUGGACAACUUCAACUGGGGAGUGCGCAGGCGCUCCCUGGACAGCCUGGACAAGUGUGAUAUGCAGAUCCUGGAGGAGCGCCAACUCUCCAGAAGUACUCCCAGCCUAAAUAAACUGAGCCAUGAGGAUUCCGAUGAGUCAUCGGAGGAGGAGGACCUCACAGCCAGCCAGAUUCUGGAACAUUCAGACCUUAUCAUGAAUCUCUCCCCCUCUGAGGAGGCCAGUCCUAUGGAGCUGCUGACCGGUGCCUGUGACCCCACUCCUGCAGACCCUCAUUCCUUCAACACCAGAAUGGCAGGCUUCGAGGCUUCUCUGCCUGAUAUAAAUAAUCUGCAGAUUUCAGAGGGGUCAAAGGCUGAGGCAGUCCCCGAAGAGGAGGACACUGCCGUGCAUGAAGAUGAUCUUUCAAGUUCAAUCAAUGAGCCCCCAGCAGCGUUUGAAUGCAGUGACAGCUUCAGCCUGGAUAUGACUGAGGCGGAGGAAAAAGGCAAUCGGGGCCUGGACCAGUACACUCUCGCCAGCUUCGGAGAAGGUGACAGGGGUGUGUCUCCCCCUCCCUCGCCCUUCUUCUCGGCCAUCCUUGCUGCCUUUCAGCCCGCCGCCUGCGAUGACGCCGAGGAGGCCUGGCGCAGCCACAUUAACCAGCUCAUGUGUGACUCAGACGGCUCCUGUGCUGUGUACACAUUUCAUGUGUUCUCCUCUCUGUUUAAGAAUAUUCAAAAGAGGUUCUGCUUCCUAACCUGUGAUGCAGCCAGUUACCUUGGAGAUAACCUCCGGGGAAUCGGAUCCAAAUUUGUCAGCUCAUCCCAGAUGCUUACCUCCUGCUCUGAAUGCCCUACACUGUUUGUGGAUGCAGAGACUCUCCUUUCCUGUGGGCUCCUGGACAAGCUGAAGUUCAGUGUGCUGGAACUGCAAGAGUAUUUGGACACGUACAACAACAGGAAAGAGGCCACGCUCUCGUGGCUUGCCAACUGUAAGGCAACAUUUGCAGGUGGCUCGAGAGAUGGAGUGAUUACCUGCCAGCCGGGGGACUCGGAAGAAAAGCAACUGGAGCUGUGUCAGAGGCUGUACAAGCUGCAUUUCCAGCUGCUCCUGCUCUACCAAUCCUAUUGCAAGCUCAUCGGCCAGGUGCAUGAAGUAAGCUCCGUGCCCGAGUUGCUGAACAUGUCCAGAGAACUGAGUGAUCUGAAGAGGAACCUGAAAGAGGCCACUGCAGCCAUCGCCACAGACCCAGUGUACAUCGAGGGGGCGUGGUCAGAACCAACCUUCUCCUCCACUGAGGCAGCCAUCCAGUCCAUGCUGGAGUGCCUGAAGAACAAUGAACUUGGCAAAGCCCUGCGGCAGAUCAAGGAGUGCAGAAGCCUGUGGCCCAAUGACAUCUUUGGAAGCAGUUCUGACGAUGAGGUCCAGACGCUCCUGAAUAUUUAUUUCCGUCAUCAAACUCUGGGACAGACCGGUACUUAUGCCCUGGUGGGGUCUAACCAUAGCCUGACUGAAAUCUGCACCAAGCUCAUGGAGCUGAACAUGGAGAUCCGAGACAUGAUCCGCAGGGCCCAGAGCUACCGGGUCCUAACAGCUUUCCUCCCAGACUCCAGUGUUUCCGGCACUAGUCUCUGACAGGAGCCUCCCGUCCCCCAUGGUUUCUAAGCUUGCAGUGCUGCCAUGCUGGGGCGACCUCAUUCAGUGUCUUCUCGGCCUUCGCAAGGCUUGGACGGAGCAUUCCCCUCUUGUUACCUGUAGGACUUUUUCUAAAGAAGAUGACUCAAUUUCCAAUGUGUAGCAAUACUGUCCAAACCGAGGCAGCCUAGGACCUCCUAAGACAGACUCCACCCAUCCUCAUAUGUGGCUGCCCUUCACCAAACAAAUACAACCCAUGACUGGAGACAUGACUUCUGUUGCUUUACCAAAGCUGACCACACUGAAUGACCCUAUCCUUUCUAGAGACAGUUUUAGAUUGGCAAAAGUGCAAUGUUUUUCUUCACAUGAAAAAAAAAAUUGUAUUCUAAAGCUUGUACAUUCAUUCCCUUCCUUUCUUGCCUAUUUUCCUUCCUUUGAGUUUUCUUUUCUUUUCUUCCUUCCUUCCUUCCUUCCUUCCUUCCUUCCUUUCUUUCUUUCUUUCUUUCUUUCUUUCUUUCUUUCUCUUUUUCCCCCCUUUGGUGGAUAUGUUUGUUUGUUUUAGUGAGUUGCAAAAAGGGGCAGGCAGAAUGAAGCUGGCCACUGAAAACCUGUAAGAUGGUCGAAAGCUGACAGCCGUGUGCUCUGAAAGGGGAUUGUAAGUGGGUUACAAUUUGAUGUACACUGUGUCUAAACGAGGCUGCUAGGAAGGACCUUUCUGAAGUUGCUAGGCUACUGUUUCUGAAAACCCUGGAUCUCUCUGUGCCAGGAAAGAUCCAGAUGGAUUCUUUUUAAAAAUCAUGGCUGCUUUUUACAAAAAGGGUUCUUUAAUAAGCGUUAUUUAUACUACAGAAGAAUGAGUGUCCCUUUGCAUUACCUUUGCCAUUUUGUAGAAAAGCAAAUUCUUUACAAAAGUCCCAAGUCAUUUUAUCUGUCUGCAUGCAUCCUGUAGCCAUUUGGAUAGCCGGAAGUAGAGUCAUAAAGGGAAGAUAUGAGUUGCCACUUUAUGAAUGAUGUCAUAUUUUAUUUGUAAUAUAUGUGUAAAGGGUCUUUCUUAAAACUUCCUUCCUUAAACCCAACACUGUCGAGUGGUACAUGUGGGCAUGUGACCUGUUGCACAUCCAAGGCAUAUUCAGAAUUGAUCUACGUAACUUAUUCACUGUGUAAAUACAUUUAAAGUUUUUGUGAUGUGAUCUUGGUUGAUAAUUCUGUUCAGAAUUGCCUUUAGAUUACAAAAAGAGAAAAAAAGAAAAGGACAUGUUGAUCAUGGAUUUUAUUUCUAGUGAAAUUAAAAUACUUGCUUUUGA